AUGGGCUCAUUGCUCGCCGGAGUCGGCGACCUUGUCGACCUCGACGUCGUCGGCGCCAAUGGCCGGAUCUCAGCCUUCGCCCCGCUCGAGCCGAAGCUGUGCCUCAGCGACGACCUGAAGCCUUAUGCGCUACUGGGCGACGUCGAGGAGAAGCCCCUCUACCUGCCCUUCCCUUCGCCGGCUCCCGACCUUCCCGCCACCUCGACUACUGCCUGCAACUCCCCUUACGACGAGGUGACGUGCGUCGGCUGCGGCUUCGAGAUUCGGGACCGAUUUAUAAUGAAGGUGAUGGACGAGUGCUGGCAUGAGGCAUGCUUGCGAUGCUGUGCCUGCAGCCGUUCCCUAAGCUCGAGUACGAAAUGCUUCGCGCGCGACGGGCGGUUGUACUGUAAGGAGGACCAUGCACAG